UAGCGCCCGGUUUUGCUGACCCCGGACCAGAGGGCGUAGGCGGAGCGGGCUUGUUGGCCGCGUGCGUCAGGGCGUGAGGGGAGAGGCGGCUGCUCUUUCCCGGAGGUCUCCGGCUGCAGGGUGUAGGGUGGGCCUCCUCCCUCCCCCACUCGCGCCGUUUGCCCUUUUUAUCGCCUUGCUGCUUUCAUCCCGGUCAAUAGUUUUCUUGACUGUGUAAUGUGUGCUGGACGGUGUUUUAGGUGCUGUGGGCGGGGGCGUAACAGAGUGGAUCUGAUAAGGACCCUCGACCAGUAUCGUAGGUGUUUUAGGCGUAGGGAAGACGAAGAGAUAUAAUGUGAGGUGGAAAGUGCUAGAAGCCUUUAGAAAGCUACGUGAUUGGUGCGAUGGCAAUUGAGGAAAAGCAAGAGUCAGUCCACCCUUCGGGCACACGACACAGUGCUGAGGCUUCAGGCCCUCAAGGCAAUUUUGAAAACUCAAACUUUGUUGAGCAGUGGUGUCCGGCCUUUGAGAGGACUCCUUUAUUCUGAAAGAUGUCCACAACUGUUUUCUCGUAUCCAGUUCUCGCCCCCUGCCUAGAUACCAGCAACACAGAGUUCUGCCAGCUGACUGCCUUUGGACUUGAACUGCAGCUCUUCCCUGGGUCUCCAGUCUGCUGCCCUAUCCUGCAGAUUUUGAACUCACCAAGCUUCCACGGUCACUGCCUACAACACUGCCACCUCACACCCACAAGUGUUAAUACAGGUGUAAAUGUGAGGUGGGUACAGGGACCGUAAAUAGCUGACAGAUUUUAUUUGGUAUAUUUUAUCUGAAAUCUAUUUAAUAUUAAACAUCUAUGAAAUAUGAAUAAUAGCAAAAAUGAACUUUUACUGCUUCACAUUUAUUGUACUUGGGUUUCUUUUCCUCUUGAAAUAAAUUCUCAGUUACCAUUUUAUACUUAUAUACAAGUAAAUAUUUGGUGUUUAACAUCUUGUUUCUUUUAUUAUACUUAUUUUUAAAUUACUUAUCAUAAAAUAUAAACAAGUUCUUGACUAGACUGUUAUUUUAGACCCCUUUAUUUUGCCCUUCCCUACUAGUUGUAUAAUCUUUUACCUCAUAUUUCAAAACAUCAAAAUUCCUCCUUUCCAUCCUUCAUCAAAACCAUCUCUGGCAGAUCUGGGGAGAAAUUAAACCGGGUGUGCCCCAAACCUGCAAACAUUUUCUUACUAAUGAAAUCUGAGAACAUUGAACUUCAAAGGCACAUGUGACCACGGAGCAUCAGGACUUUUGUUUCUGGAUAGAAUUGUGUUUUUUGAGGGGUCCUGUAGCAAAGGGCAGGGAUGCUGUGACCGAGCGAGUCUUGCUCCAGCAAUUGCAUCCUCUCUGCCUGAAUGACCAGUUUUGGAAGGAGCCUGCAGACAUGACUGUCAGUAUCUGAGGUUUCAGGUUGUGUUUUAGGGUAGGACCUCACUGCCCAGCUCCAGCCAGCUGUACCCAAAAGUAAAUGUUUGGGGGCAAUCACUUAUUUAUUGUAGUGAACAUAAAAGUAGCUGGGCAGGUGACACCUAGAAGAAAAUAAGAUGACAAAAAAAAAUGUGCAAAGACUCAUUUCGUUACUCACGGUUUUUUGCAUUUGCGAAUGUAAGUAGUUUUUGAAGUUCUCUUGGGACUUACAUUCCUACAACAGCAUAAAGCCAAACGUGGAUUUCAAAAAAGGUCCCUAAGGGGCUUUCGUUAAGUGCAAAAUCAGUGCAGAGGUCCCUCGCUCCUCUCACGUACUCUUAUCCCGAGUGGUGGUGGCGGUGGGGAGCGCUUGAGUAGCACGCAAGCUCUUUUGUUCCUCCUCCGCAAAGUAGAGGUGGUGUGGCCCGAGGCUUUGCGGGAUAGCGUCCCCCGCGGAGUUCAAGUCUAGAUCCGCCAGCGCUGAGCCCCCGGAGGGAGGAGGGGGCGGGCUCAGGGAGUCCCUCCUUCGGGGGCGGGGCCAAGGGCUGCCCGGCCCUGCAGAGCGGAGGUCUACGGGCUCCAGUUUAGUAAAGCGCAUGCAAACCCGGCCAGAAGCCACCGCACUUAUCAGCAGAUCUCAUGAUUGUUUGGUAAAGGCUCUGCGGGUCUACACAGGUCACCUCCCUCGGAACUCCGCGACUCCACGUCGGAGCCAGCCCUCGGCCCCCCGCAGUCGGACGGUUACAGCCGCGGGAGACCUGGAGGCGGUGGCAGCGGCCCAGGAACUAGCAGCAGCGCCCGGGAAAGAAGCAGAAAGAGAAGAGUAUUGUCUCCUAGGAAUCCAGCCCUGGAGAAACAAGGAAAAUUCUUCCCAGGAUGGUCUCCCAUUCAGAGUUGAGGAAACUUUUCUGUUCAGCUGAUGCAGUGUGCUUUGAUGUUGACAGCACAGUCAUCAGAGAAGAAGGAAUUGAUGAGCUGGCCAAAUUCUGUGGAGUUGAGGAUGCUGUGUCAGAAAUGGAGCUAGUAAGUCGCCUACAAGAGCGAAAUGUUCAGGUUUUUCUAAUAUCUGGAGGCUUUAGGAGCAUUGUGGAGCAUGUUGCUUCAAAGCUCAACAUCCCAUCAACCAAUGUAUUUGCCAACAGGCUGAAAUUCUACUUUAAUGGUGAAUAUGCAGGUUUUGAUGAGAUGCAGCCAACAGCCGAAUCUGGUGGGAAAGGAAAAGUUAUUAAACUUUUAAAGGAAAAAUUUCAUUUUAAGAAAGUAGUCAUGAUUGGAGAUGGAGCCACAGACAUGGAAGCCUGUCCUCCUGCUGAUGUUUUCAUUGGAUUUGGAGGAAAUGUGAUCAGGCAACAAGUAAAGGACAACUCGGAAUGGUACAUCACUGAUUUUGUAGAGCUUUUGGGAGAACUGGAAGAAUAAGAUCAGUUUUUAUACAGUUCAUAACAACUUCAGGUUAAUUUUUAAAAGUUAUACAGUUUGAUACUAUUUGCUUCCAAUUGAAUAUUAGGACUUAAUAUAUAAAUUUAGUACUGAUUAUCUGUACUUCCAAGUAAACUAUAGUUAGGGCUCAUAGAACAUUGUGGUUCUUUUUUUUUUUUUUUUAACUGUAGUUCCGGUAUUAUUAUGACCAUUUAAUUACCUGGAGAGUUUUAUAAUUUGAAUUCUUUAUGUAUUUUCCUAGCUAUAUUUUAUUUGAAGGCUUUUGAAGGUGGAUAGUAAAUUAAACACCUUCAUUAUUGGAAAUAUGGAUUAGGCAGCUUUAAGUGAAAUUGGUUUUCCCUUUAUAUAUAAAUAAAAGUUUAUCCACAUAUCAGAA